UUUAAGCCAAUCAGCGCUGAGUCCUGAGUGCAGCGCUCCAGAAUGACAGACAGACUCUCACGCUGGGGCCCGGGGCGGAUAUAUAAAGCAAAGGCAGCAGGAAUGGCGUUCAAAAAUGUUCUCCGCUGAUUGUUAAACAACUUUCGUCUAAGGUGGAAAUUAAUCUCUAUUGCACUCUUGCCUGUGCAUUCAGCGGACCCUCAGACAUGUCCGUUACAUAUCAGCUGUUCAGGGGAUUACCCCGAACCAAGGUCUUCCUUCCCGCCUCGGCCCUGUUACCAUGCCAGCAGCCCCAGAGCCACCAGGCACCUGCCUCUCACAGACCUGCCUCAGGUCGACAGCACAGAAGAAGUUACCAGAUGUCCUCCGUCCUCCGCAGCUACAUCCUCACACCCCCGCAGGUCAAUUCUAUUCUCAAAGCCAACGAGUACAGCUUCAAGGUGCCAGAGUUUGAUGGGAAGAAUGUGUCGUCAGUGAUGGGUUUUGAGAGUAACCAGCUGCCAGCCAACGCCCCCAUAGAAGAUCGUCGCAGUGCAGCCACCUGUCUGCAGACCAGAGGGAUGUUACUGAGUGUGUUUGAUGGCCAUGCUGGCUGUGCCUGCGCUCAGGCUCUGGGUGAGAGGUUGUUUUACUACAUUGCUGUGUCUUUGCUGCCACACAACACACUGUGUGAACUGGAGGCAGCAGUGGAGUCCGGCAGGGCCCUCAGUCCCAUCCUGCAGUGGCACAAACAUCCCAACGACUACUUCAGCAGGGAGGCUCAGAUGCUCUACUUCAGGAGCUUGCGGACAUAUUGGCAGGAGUUAAUUGAUCUCACCAGCCCAGGAGAGGUCCCGGACACCCGUGAAGCUUUACUGAGUGCCUUCAAGAGACUGGACAAUGACAUUUCUCUGGAGGCUCAGGUUGGAGAUCCAAAUGCUUUCCUCCACUACUGGGUUCUAAGAGUGGCCUUUUCUGGAGCGACAGCAUGUGUGGCCCACAUCGAUGGAUCAGACUUGUUUAUAGCCAAUGCAGGUGAUGCUCGGGCGGUUUUGGGCGUGCAGGAGGAGGAUGGCUCGUUCACUGCUCACACACUCUCCAAUGACCACAAUGCCCAGAACGAAGAUGAGGUGUCACGGAUACGGGGAGAGCACCCUCCAUCAGAGAGGAAGACAGUGAUACGACAGGACCGGCUGCUCGGCCUCCUCAUGCCUUUCCGUGCUUUUGGCGAUGUGAAGUUCAAGUGGGGUAUUGAACUUCAAAAGCGUGUGUUGGAGUCCGGCCCUGAUCAGCUCCACGAAAACGAACACACCAAGUUCAUACCACCCAACUAUCACACACCACCCUACCUGACGGCGGAGCCCGAGAUCACGUACCACAAACUAAGGCCACAGGAUCGAUUUUUGGUGAUUGGCUCUGAUGGCCUCUGGGAAACGCUCCAUCGACAGGAAGUGGUUCGUAUCGUGGGGGAGUAUCUGACCGGAGUACAUCAGCGUCAGCCACUUAAAGUCGGGGGCUACAGGGUCACCUUGGGACAGAUGCAGGGGCUCCUGGAGGAGAGGAAGGCUCGUUUGUCCUCGGCUUUCGAGGACCAGAAUGUGGCGACACACCUGAUGCGUCACGCAGUGGGAAACAACGAGUUUGGUACGGUGGAUCAUGAGAGGCUGUCCAAAAUGCUGUCUCUGCCUGAGGAGCUGGCGCGCAUGUACCGCGAUGACAUCACCAUUAUCGUCGCCCAGUUCAACCCCCACGUGUUUGGAACACAGAGACCAAAUGAAGGUUCCUGAGCCGACGUCAUGAUGACGGGGACACAGGCUUGUGUAAAUAUUUACUGCAGUUUCACACAUAAGCACACACUCUGCGGACAAACAGGUUGUACUGAGUUCACACGUACAACUUUGUUUUAAACUCUAUGGAUGUACAGAAUUUGUAUGUUUUUAUUUAGCGUUGCCCAGGAAAAGGACUGAAGUUUCCAACGUUGCCUUAUUUAUGACAAUAUUCUCUGUUAAUCUGUUUCUUUACAGGUUGGUGAGAUGCUGUUACAAAGUGAUUUCUGUUGCUGUUCUGUUGAUGUUACAACAUCUAAUUUCUGUGACUGAAAUUCCACUGAAAGUGGGUAAAAGUUAUUUUUCUUUCUUUCUUUCUGUCUUCCAAAAUCCAUUCCCCUGUUUUUGGCCUGCAGCCUCGGUGGUCUCUGAAGGACUGACCACCAGUGUUGCAUCGCCACCAUGGUGGUAGUUGGUACUGCAGGGUAAAGUCAUCUGCAUUUCAGGCUGUUCACCAAAUAACACGGCCAGUAGCUGUGACACCUUUUGACAAUCUCUAGCUGACAAGUGAACCCAACAGAUGAACCGAACCUGCACAACAAUCAACCUCUUACCAUAAACACACUACUUUUACUGUGAGUUUGGCAUUUGAAUUUUUAAAACCUUAAAAGAGUGUUUUCAGAGAAAAGCAGUUGAUAAUUCAGUUUUAGAAAAAGCCCCCAAAAUUUUAACUUUUAUCAUAUUCUUUUGAAGAGCUUUCCAAAGUUUUCCAUCAUUGUUUCAUGUUUGUUGUCUUUUUCAUUUUUUACACGUUCAAGUGCGAUUCACUUGACAUUAAGACUGGAGGUAGUAUCAACAUAUAUAACAUAUGUUUGUCCUAGAGCAAAAGGAUGAAUAAAAACAAAAUACUGCAUUAUUUUUAUUAAGAUUAGAGUCCAAACAGUGAUUGUAGACAAAGAAUAUUGUUUUUCUGUUACACAGACUCACCUUCUCAGCGUUUUCUCAAAUGUUUCAGUUUUUUUCCCCAAGUGCUUGAGAAGGAAUGAGGAUCAGUCUUCUACAGCUCGCCUUAGGACCAGGUUACAACCUGUAACCAUGGAGCAAAAAUAGACAGUGUGUCAUUUUUAAAGGGUCACCAGCCACACGAAGGUUAAAACCUCAGAGCUGGAUGUUGACUGUAUAUUAAAAAUAAUAAGAAUUAACUCUAAACAGAAAUAUUCCCAAUUUUUUUUGUUACGCCAUUACUUGUUGACAUUAGACUACACUUUACUUCAACAGUUAAUGGUGCUUUAACUGAUUGAGGAUGUAAUAGUGUGAUGUUCCCACCAGUUUGGAGCAGACGAACACGCUGACCUUUUCCACCAUCCAACUCGGCUCAGUGUUUAUGAGGGAGGUAAAAAUACAGCGUGUUCUUUACCAAGCUUAGGUGUCUUUAAAUGAAUCGUGUUUUUCUGAAAGGUCGUCAUCAAUUUGGACAACAGUAACUCAAAGUUAUUAAUAAUGGUGACGGUACACAAUGAGAUACUUACCUGUGAACAACACUGACCCUUGUGUACUCAGGCAGAAGUACAGCUAUUGGAAUAUUGUGAGACCUUAUAAGUUAUUUAUUUUGCUUUAAUGUGUCACAUGUGUAUAUCUGGACAUGUAUAAAAUGUAACUGAUCUGAAUUAUGUUUUAUAUGUUGAGAGGCUUUAAUAAAACCCCGGAGAACUACCA